UUUAUUUUGUAAGUUUUUUUUUUAUCAAGCGUCCUCCUUUCUUUCGAAGAGAAAUGUUCAAGAAUAAUGAGCCAUAGUUUAUGUACCAAAAAAAAGCAUCGUUGUCCUUCAUCUUUUUUAUCAGCCGUUUUCUCACUCAAAUUCUUCUCUGCAACAAUACCGUAGGAUUCUGCCUCACUAAUUAUCAUUUUCUCAACACUUGAUCACUCUCAAUUUAUGUCUCACACCACCUCCAUAGCCAUCCUUUUCUCACCACUCCCACACCGCCGCCGCGCCUAAUAUGAACUCUAGGAGUUUUCUUUUUUGAAUCUGUGUCGAAGAGGUUCUUCCCUGGGUAAGUGAGUGGUUUGAUUUCGCUUCGACUUUCUCAGGGAAGUGAGUGCAUUGAUUUGGGGGAUUUUGCUUGAUUGCGUGCAGGGGCGGAUUUAGGGCCCGGCUUGCCAGAGCACUUGCCCAAGCUCCGGGCCCAAAAAAAAAUUUAAAGGGCCGAAGAGAGAAAAACAGGUUUUUCUUAAGGUCAGCCUGGGCAAAAAUGAGAUCCAUAUGUUAGUUGAGGGACCUAAAUGAGAAAACAACUCACUCAGUCACUAUCUUUCCAGCUCGCGUUCGAUCUCGCGUUCCAACUCCGUCUCCCAACUCGCGUUCCUCCCUCUGCGGCCUGCGCCGCCACGAUCUUCACCUGCUGCCGCGCCCGGCGCCUCCCUCCUCGCCCGUCGUCUUCUUCUCCCAAGUCCCAGACACUUCAGAAAUCGGAAUUCAGAUCCUCAUCCUCGAUCUCUUUCUCUCUGGGUCAGUGGUUUGGUCGUAGUAAACAAAUUGAUGCGUAUGCUCCGGAUAUUAAAGACCAAGUGAGGAGGGCAUAUAUAUUGAAGUGCUACAAGGGUCUCUUUCAUUUCGGUACUAUUUAUACAUGGUGUCAUACUUGAAUUUGCGCUUCUAAAAUUUGCCCGGGCUUCACAAAAAUCCUGGCUCCGCCACUGAUUGCGUGAUUCAUUUCUUUCUGAGGCUUCUUAGGGUUUAGGGCAGAAUUUGGUGAAAAGUGAAAACUGGCUUUGGUUUUUGAAGUUUCAACUAUGACUACGAAUGUAGAUAGAUAUCCAUGCUGUGUGGCAAGUGAAGUAGAGAAAGAGUAGCUGUUGUUUCGGGUGAAACUCAAAGCAAAGCAUGCAUUUGCAUGGAUUCUUCGGAGCAAGGGUUGCUCUGUGGUCAAUUUCAACUUGUAAAUCAAAGUGGCAGCAUUACCAUAGGGGUAAAAUCAAAUUCUCUCGAAAUCUUACCACCUCAACAACAGGUCCUGAGUUUAUGGAACCUGUAGCAGGAAUAUCUCCAUGGUCUAUGCAAAUGCAAGUUGUCAAGGCACUCUGCUCGGGUGAGAGAAAAAAGGCUUCCGACUUACUUUUGGAUUUUGGUUACAGAAGCCGCUCAUUAAAAGCUGAUGAUUUUGUUGGUAUUUUAAAGUACUGUGCACGGUCUCCUGAUCCAUUGUUUGUUGUGGAGAUUUGGAGAUUAAUGGAGUUAAAAGAUGUUAGCAUGAAUAAUAUAUGCUCCUCUCUUAUGAUGAAGGCCCUUUGUAAAGGAGGUUACUUGGAUGAGGUAAAUUAUUAACCUCAUAAAUAGUAUAAUUGAGUAUACAUUUUCUUCACCUUCCUUUCCUUAUUGAGUUUCUUAACGGAGAGAGUGGAAGGGACUUAAGAAUGUUGAUAUUGGAUAGAUCCAUUACAUUUUUCUGGUAUUUUUAGGAAAAAAAUUAUAGAUUUCAUUUUGCUGAAAUACAGCUGCUUAUAUUGCUAUUUUCAUGGCAUGUGGUGUAUAUGAGGCAGUUACUACUAAACCAGCUUGAUCUUAUCUAAAACAAUUUUAUUCUCAUCUUGGUCAA